AUGACGAUAAGGAAAUUUAAUUUGAUGACAUCUGACUGCAAGAAUCAAUGGCAAUGCAACAAAUGCUUAAAUAAACAUACAUUACCUACAAAAUCAUGUAAAAUUAAUCCCAUUUUUAUAAGUACUCCUAAAGCAAACACAUCUAUAGCAUAUACGAGUACAGCACAAGAAAAUUCUAAUAUUAUAACAGACAAUAUAACUCUUAGAAAGCAAUUUACUAGGGAAAAUGAAUACGAACCUAUAAUUAAUGACGUAAAAGGUCACUCAUUACUAGAAGAAAAUAAUAAUUCUUUGGAGGAUAUUUCGUUAUCUCCCAGAAGAAGCCUUCCUGAUCUUUCUACUCGUGACUAUGACGACGAAUAUAUUCAAUUAAAGCAAAAAAUUGAGGAAUUGAAUAGUAAACUUGCCAGUGCAUAUACAGAAAUAGAAAACUUGCACAUGGAAAAGUUCACGGAGUAUCAGAAAGCGCAAGUCAAAAAUAAAAGGAGACUCAACAUUUAUGCGACAAAACAAAUCUCUUGA